AUGGCUUCUCGCGAGCACCUGCAGAUCAUUCUUUUGUUCGGCAUUUGCGCUUUGAUCCUCGGCCUAACCUUCCGGUUAGGAAAUAAUCAACUUCCGGUCACUGCUUCGAGCGAGCGACAUCAUGGGAAGAUUCGCAACCUCAACUCUGAAAAUGAGCAAGAUUCCUUCCCUACUGCGAUGAGCGAAAGUGAAACAACUUCGUUUUCAACACAGCCGCCAACUUCCGCUGCACUGACAGUUUCCAGAUUCCUAAGAAAACUGGAUCUUUGGUUUCAAGGAUUUUGGUCCCCACUUGGCCGUCACUAUCUCAGUACAGACACAUCGCCAUCCCUUCCGUCUAGGCCACGAUUCGAGCUGGUUUUCGACGUGGACUCGAGCAAAGAUAAGAAGACUUACCAAACGGGAGAAAUCAACGGGAUUAAUGUUGCCUUCCAUAACCCUUUUCCGGCACGGAGACUGCGAGGCAUAGCUCUUUUGAUACAUGGCUGUCGACAACAGGCCAGUGACUGGUUCCAACUUCCUGAGCAUCGACACAUAGCUGCACACCUCCUCCGUAAGAGGCUUGCUCUACUUGCAGUAACCUCCUCGAACCGCGUCACAGGGUGCUGGAGCACAAGGUAUCCACACUGGGAAAAUGAAGAUGUCUCCCGGGUAAUGAUAGCAACAAAGCGUUGGAGAGUUGACCGCACCAUUCCAUCGACUGCCCCAAUAUACGCUGUUGGGAUAUCGUCAGGCGCGACCAUGCUAUCUAUUCUAUCCUCUUCGAACGAAAUGCCGAGUAUGGUCGGUCAGGCCUUAUACAUAUCCCCUGGCAGCCAACGUGCCCUGAACAAUGCCACGAAAUCAUACCCGAGCACGCUUUUUGUGCGUUUGACGACUGACCGUCACUACGCGUCUGCAUCAGCCAUCGCAUUAGCAAGAAGGGCCUUGCUUACCCGCAAUGUACCCAUGGUCGGCGAACUGACAAUGCCGAAGGUCCAACUCAUGCCGACAACGUUGCACCACAGGGAGCCACGAAUUUCGGCAGAGAUAUCGCGGAAAAUCUUUGAGGCUGCAACGCACGGUCAGUAUCACAAGAUAGAGCACGCGAUGAAGACUUCCUCUGACGAAGAAAUUGUGGCCUUUUGGAGAAGCCGUGAUUCAAGGCGUGCGGCCGUGCAAGUGAUGCGAGUUGUACAGGGGCUUCAUGAGGUAUCAGCCGUGUGUGCAGAAAAAGUAGCUGAUUGGUUGAUAGCUACAGAGCGCUACUCAUGA